AUGUUUCCAAUCAUUAAAUCAUAUUCCGAUGUGAAAGAUUGCAUCGUUGGAAGGAAAGAGUUCGUCACACAAAUUGACGAAGGCUUUCGAUUUAUUAAAUAUAAGAGCGUAGUUGAAAAUACCUUUUCCGAUCUUACCGACAUGAAUAAUUUGAGUGACAAGGAACGAACCAUGCAUCUCCUUCGCCGUGAAUGUAGAGGAAUUGUUUUUGAUGCAGAAAACGACAAGCUUGUCUGUCGAAAAUUUCACAAAUUCUUUAAUAUUAAUGAAAAACCAGAAAGUCAUGUAGAUCGAAUUAAUUGGAGGAGACCUUUUGUUGUGAUUGAGAAAAUGGACGGUUCUCUCGUGGCUCCAAUUUUCACUAAAAAGAAAGCCAAAGAUGUCUCUGAUAUUGCAUUCACUACCAUGCUUGGAUUAACAGCAAUGGCUAAGAAUCAAGUUCAAGGAUACAUUGAUAAGAAUUUACAACACAAAGGAUUGAGAAAACCAUUUUUAGAAUUUUGCAAACAUUGUCUUGACAAUGGCAUGUCAUGCCUUUUCGAAUACACAAGUCCUCAAAACAUCAUUGUGAUCAAAUACUUGGAAGAAAAAUUAACAUUGCUUGCUAUUCGACACAACGAAACCGGUCAAUAUCUUUCCUAUUCUAAAAUGAAAGAACUUUUACGAAAACAUCCUGACUGGGAAAAGGCUGUGAAUUUAGUGAGCUUGUGGAAAGAUUUCCCACAAGGUACAGACGAACCUCACAAAUUACUAUCGGAAAUUUAUGAACAAAAAGGAGUCGAAGGAUAUGUCAUUCGAUUUGAAGAUGGAGAUUUUUACAAGGUGAAAACAAAAUAUUACAUGUGUUUUCAUGGAAUUUCAGGAGGAGGAGGAAGUGAAUCCAGUGCUCCAAGUAGUGGCAGUGGUGCUAUGUCUGCAUUCUCUGCUGAAAAAAUUAGAGAACGACAUCUUAUUAAGGCGAUUAUGAAUGAUGUGAUUGAUGAUGUUAUUAGUGGAGUAUAUUGGACUGCUGAAAUGAGACAAUCAGUUUCAAAAUUUCGAAUUGAAAUUGCGGCAAGAAUAUUGGACAAGUUUGAAGGAGAAGUUUGGCCUAUACUUUUGAAAGCAAUUCAAUUGUCACAAAAAGGAUUAGCCAAUACUCCAACUGGAGAUUUUGUGAAAGAUAUGCUUUCCAAGUUGUCAUCCACCUCGACUGCUGCUUCGUCAGCAACGAAAUCAAGUGACCAGCAGGAAAGUGACGAGGAGAAUGACAAUUUUUCUCACAAUCCCAACCGAGGUAAUUUUUGGAGUGUUCUGCAAGAGGAAGAAGUUGAGGAUGCUGAACAAGAUGCCAUUCAUGAUCCUGUGAGUGAUGCAGAAGAUGAGGAUGAAGAAAAGAGAGAACAAAUGUUAUUGCCAUCACAGUCAUUAAGCCAGCCACUACCAGUCCAAACUUUCAACAAUGUUUCACAAACAUUAAGUAAGGAAUCUUCAUCAGAAGAGCAUGUCUCGCAAUCAGCUGCUACCUCAUCUUCGACGAGUCAACCAUUAUUUGACACAAGCAACAUGAAAUUUGCACCAAUUCAUCCUGGUAGCUCAUCAGAUCUCUCAGCAGAACAACAAUUAGAAAAUCAAAAACAAGUUGCCUUUGAGUGCUUCAAAAUAUUCUUGCAAAAUAAGACAUUCCAAGUGAAUGAUCCAAGUGCAUUCGAAAGCAAAAAAGUGAAAAACUAUGCAUGGCUUGGAGCUGAUUUGAGUGUCAUGGGACAAUACUCAUUCGAUGGUAAAUCAGGAUGUCUUGUGAAAAACUCUACCAGAAAAGUACUCUCCAAAAAGGAUGAUUCUGAUGACUAUGACUUUAGUAAGCCUUCCAAGAAGGGAUCCAAGAAAAAGAAGAAAUAA